AUUAACUUAUUCUCCACCUCUGUAGCUGUAUCAAUUAUUAUUUUAGUCCUCCCUAUUGUGGCCUCUUUCACUAACAUUUUUAAUAGUCCUAACUACCCUCACUACGUAAAAACUUCAGUAUCUUAUGCAUUCACUAUCAGUCUCAUUCCAACAUUAAUUUUCAUCGCUACUAGUCAAGAAAUAAUAGUAUCCAACUGACACUGAAUAACAAUUCACACCUUAAAAUUAACAACCAGCUUUAAAUUAGAUUACUUCUCUAUACUAUUCACCCCAAUUGCACUAUUUGUUACAUGGUCUAUCAUAGAAUUUUCCAUAUGAUAUAUACACUCAGACCCUAAAAUCAACCAAUUCUUUAAAUACCUACUCAUAUUUCUUAUUACUAUACUAAUUUUAGUCACCGCUAAUAAUAUAUUUCAGCUAUUUAUUGGAUGGGAGGGAGUGGGAAUCAUAUCAUUUCUCCUCAUCGGCUGAUGACACGGGCGAACAGAUGCCAAUACUGCAGCCUUACAAGCAAUCUUAUACAACCGCAUUGGAGAUAUUGGCUUUAUUAUAGCCUUAGCCUGAUUUGCUAUUAACCUCAACACAUGAGAACUCCAACAAAUCUUUAUUUUAGACAAUAACAUUACCAUCCUCCCACUGAUAGGAUUAAUUCUUGCCGCCACGGGCAAAUCCGCACAAUUUGGUCUACACCCAUGACUCCCAUCAGCUAUAGAAGGCCCGACGCCCGUAUCAGCCCUACUUCAUUCUAGCACAAUAGUAGUAGCUGGAGUUUUCCUCCUAAUCCGCUUCUACCCCUUGCUAGAAAAUAACAAAACUGCCCAAACAUUAAUCCUAUGCCUAGGCGCAAUCACUACCUUAUUCACAGCCCUAUGUGCCCUCACACAAAACGACAUCAAAAAAAUUGUAGCCUUUUCCACAUCAAGUCAACUCGGACUAAUAAUGGUCACAAUCGGAAUUAACCAACCACACCUGGCAUUUCUCCACAUCUGCACCCACGCCUUCUUCAAAGCUAUGCUCUUUCUCUGCUCCGGCUCAAUUAUUCACAGCCUCAAUGAUGAACAGGAUAUCCGAAAGAUAGGCGGCCUAUAUAAGACUAUACCCUUCACAGCCUCAGCCCUCACUAUUGGUAGUCUGGCCCUCACAGGUAUACCAUUCCUAACAGGCUUUUACUCAAAAGAUCUAAUUAUUGAAUCAGCAAACACGUCUAAUACCAACGCCUGAGCCCUUAUCAUCACUCUUAUUGCCACAUCCCUAACAGCUGUCUAUAGCACUCGAAUUAUCUUCUUCGCCCUCCUGGGUCAACCCCGUUACCCAGCCCUUAUUGUUAUUAACGAAAAUAACCCUCUACUCAUUAACUCUAUUAAACGCCUUGCACUAGGAAGCAUUUUUGCAGGAUUCUUAAUUUCCAACCUUAUUACACCAAACAAUGUCCCUCAAAUAACUAUACCCCUAUAUAUAAAAAUAACUGCUCUAUUUGUUACCAUUAUAGGCUUUACUAUUGCAAUAGAACUUAACCAACUCAGCCUUAGUCUAAAAAUAACUACACAAUCUCCGUACUUUAACUUCUCAAACAUACUAGGGUUCUUUCCAAUGACAAUUCAUCGUAUUCUACCCUAUCUAAACCUUUCAGCUAGCCAAAACAUAGCCACAUUACUCCUAGAUAUGACCUGAACUGAAAAAGCGAUCCCGAAAAAUAUCUCAGACAUUCAAAUUUUCGCAUCAACCUCCGUAUCCUCACAAAAAGGCCUCAUUAAACUCUACUUCCUAUCUUUCUUAAUCUCUUUACUCUUAGUACUAUUUAUUUUAACCUAG